AUGAACUGUCUAUCAUUGUUCAUUUUUAUUUCAUUAUUAACAUUAAUUAAUAGUGCAUAUAAUCCAAUACCAAUUGGAGCUGUUAUUAUUUCUACUGUCUCACAAAUAUUUGUUAUGCAACCAAAAGAAUAUGGUGGUGAUGAUAGUUUAAAUAUUAUCUAUACAGCAACGAAUAAUAUGUCUAUAAUUAAUAGUGUUUAUGAUCCAUCACUUCGUAAUCUUUAUAUACUUUUUACAAUUCCAACUUCGAGUAAUAUUUAUUUAUGUCAAUUAAUGUCACUUGAAACACUUAGUUCAACUAUUUACACUCUACCAGUGACAUUUAAUAUAACUAAUAUAAAUCAGUUGAAUUCAUUUACAUCAGAUAUUAUUAAUCGACGUGUUUUUCUUACGGAUCAAACAGGUGCUAUGACAUUAUUUUCUAUGAGUGGUUUAAUGAACAUUAGUAUAAACAAACCAGCAAAUAUGACCGAUCAAGUACGCUCUAUUGCUUAUGAUAAUACUUAUAAUAGUAUAUAUAUUAUAACGGAUACAAAAGUGAAUAAUUGUACUAAUUUCAAUAAUAAUAGUCUUCAAUGUUGUGAAGGAUUAGCUCGAGGAAAUCUACUUCGUUCAAUAGGAUUUGAUGUUGUAUCAGGUCAAUCAAUUACUUAUGUACUUGAUGCUAAUUCAGGUAUUUAUCAAGUUGCAUUUGAUACAAAUGGAUGUCCAACAGCUCUUCAUCCUAUAAAUACACUUGGAACUUUUCAGAAUCUUUAUUUUGCUAUUGAUCGUGGUUUAUAUUUUGCUUCUGGAACUGAACAAGGUGCACUAGCUAAUUCAAUUUUAAUUAUUGCUAAUGGAACACAAGCAACAAGAACUGUUCCAGUUAGAUUUACAAUUGUUGCAUUACAUGUUUCAAAACCACCUACAACGUCAACUGCACCUACAGAAGAAACUUGCUUUCAUGGUAUAACAUAUGGAACUUAUCGUGCUGCAGUAAUACUUGCAGCUAUAUUUGGUACAAUUAUGGGUAUAUUUAUGUGUUUUAAUGCUUUAUUCUGUAUUGAUUUCUUUAUGACAAAACGUAUUAUACGUGGUUUGAAACAACAAAUUCCACAUAGUCUAUUAGAAGAUCGAUGGAAUAGAUUAGUUGAAGAAAAAUAUGCUAAAAUUGCACUUGAAAAACAACGAAAAAAAGAUGAUCCACCACCAGCACCUCGUAGGUCAUCUAUUAGUGGACGAAAAAAAUCAUCACUUACAGCUGGUGAUGCCAGAACUAGUAAUCCAGCUACUGAAGAAAGUACAAGUCGUACUGAUUCUCUUACAGUUUCUAAUCCAAUACCAAAAAUAUCAUCAUAUAUUCGUCGUAAAAGUGAUAGUUAUUUUAAUCGUCGACAAAGUGAUGAUUAUCGAGGUGGACAUUAUCAAGCAAGUGCACAUUUUCCAGGAAAUGAUGCAUCGCCUAAUCCGCGAUCAAAUCCACAACGAACUACAGUAACAGCAGCACCUCAAAUUCAUAUUGAACGAGUUGAAGAAGAACAUGAUGGCCAUGGAAAACUCCGAUCAAAUCUUAGCCGACGGGAAUUACUUAAAGAUGAUGCUGAAUUUCUAUAA